AUGGAUGAAUACAAGGGUGCUAAUACACCUAUGAGUUCAACACUAACUCUAGACCAAGAUAUAAACGAUGUGGACUAUGCUGGCUAUAAGGUUGAGAGAAAAAGCACUUUAGGAUCAUGUCAAUUUUUGGGAAAUUCUUUAAUCUCAUGGUAUUCUAAAAAGUAUAAUUCAGUUGCGUUAUUUAAAGCUGAAGCUGAAUACAUAGCUGCAGGUAUGUUGUUGAAUCCUAGCUCUACAUCUUACCCUAUUCUUGGGAAAAUCUUUUAUUCUAACUUGUCUUUCAUUAUGAUUGAUGGCAAUUCGGCCUUGAGAAGUUUCAUUAUAGGCCAAGAGAUUAUUAUCUCUAAAACCCUAGUAAAUGAUAUGUUAAAAUUCUCCAAUGUUGCUGAUGAUACUACUCCAAACAUUCUGGCACUAUAA